AUGUCUGGAUUCGACGUUGAGGGCACCGGCUUCAGCGUAGGCCUCGUCACGCAGGGAAACUUUAGCUACCUCUACGGAUACUCGAGCAAGCGCGGAGAGAACUUUAAUGUUCUGAAGAGCUGCAAAUCACUGACUGCAGAAUCGUUUGCGCAAAUGCUCACCAAAGAGGAGGCUGAGCCCUUUGAGUUUACCGUCAAACUGUCAAAGCAGACUCGACUCAAGUUUGAGGUGUCGCCGCACAAGGGCCACAGUCGACUGGUGAAGGUCAAUGGGGUGGAUGGCAUGUGCUUCAUCGAUGAGCGCAUCUUUGAUGAGGUCGAACGAAAACUCGAGCCCAAUCAGUGCACUGAUGUGAAGACAGAGUUUGCCGACACACUGGUCGUCAGCCUGCUGGAAGACUCGGCCAAACUGACAGAGCUAACCGGUGGAAAGGGCUCAUCACUNCAGAAGCUAACCGGUGGAAAGGGCUCAUCACUGGCACAGCUAAAGAGACUCUCGCAACAACAGCAGCAACCCAAUUCAUCAUCCGUUUCAUCAUCUGCCGAGCCACCGCCUUCCUGGGAAGUACCGAACGCAGUAGUGGUGACCAGCAUCGCCUACGCAGCCCAAACCGCCUCCAUAGAAGGCUUCAGCCAGCGAGUCGCCGAACUGGCCACCGACGCCUAUCACGGCGAUAACCUGCAGGCAAAGUGCGACCUCUUUGUACAGUGGUUCGCCAGCCAACCACUGAAGCCGGCGAUUGUCGAGGCGCUGCGAGAGAAGAUGGCGGCGGAGUUUGGCGCCGACUGGGCCACCUCGGGCGAGGUGGUCUUUGCCGUGCGCUCGUCUGCGGUGGGCGAGGACAGUGCGGAGAUGUCCGCCGCCGGGCAGAUGCUCACCUACCUGGGCGUGGGCGGGCCGCUGGAGCGCAUCUGCCGCGCCGUGGUCGCCUGCUGGGCGUCGCAAUUUGCCUACGUGCCGGUGCAGUACAAGCGCGGCUAUGGACAACCGAUUGCCGCGCCGAUGGCCGUCGUCGUGCAGCGAAUGAUCGACUGCUCGGCGGCGGGCGUCCUCUUCACCGCCGACCCUGUGGAGGGCGGCGACGAGCGGCGGAUGACGGUGACGGCCAACUACGGCCUGGGCGAGUCGGUGGUGUCUGCGGCCGCCGAGCCGGACACCUUCACCCUGGCGGUGGACAUUGCCGCCAACUCGUACCAGGCGGCGAGGAGGGUCCGGCCGGCGGUGGCGGGGAAGGUGCUGGGGCGGAAGGGAAUCGUCACGCGACUCAACCUGGAGGCAGGUGCUACCUUGGAGGAUGGCGUCCGCAUCGACCAGCUGGCGGAUGGACUGCAGAAUCAGAGCGUCGCAGAUGAGGAUCUGCUGCGCCUGGGGGAGGUGGCCUUGCAGAUCGCCGCUCACUACGGCUCUCCGCGCGACAUUGAGUGGGGCCUAGUGCCCAGUGGUCAGCUGUACAUCUUCCAGGCGCGACCGAUCACCAACCUGGACACUGGCUUCACCCCCUACGAGCUGAUGCACGAGACCGAUUCGCCGCACAUGAGCGAGUUUGAGAUCUUCAGUCGCUAUCACUGGGGCGAAAUUCUGCCUGGCGCUUGCACGUGGAUGGGCGUCUUCUUCAUGACCACCGAGUGCUUGUUCAUUCGUCAGCAAAUUCAGCAGAUGGGCUGGACAGAGGCCGCCUACAACCCCUACCGACCGGUAAUGGGCGUCCUCUACAACCAGGUCAUGUUCAACAUGCAGAUGGACUUUGUGCAGGGCAUGUUCAACCAGUACCCGGAGAGUGGCAUCAUCAGCGCCCUCGUCCAGGCCUUCUUUGGCCACGAAAUCACCGACCCGGACGUGCUGGAGUCCUUUCGCCGUUCACGGAGCCGCCUGAAGGCGAGCGCCGGUCAGAAGGUGAAGAUGCUCGGCCAGAGCUACCAGAUGCUGGUCAAGGCUCCGAAGCGGAUACCGGCGCUGAAGCAGGCGGUCAUUGGGGAGAACCGAGGCGAGAUUGCCUUGCCAUUGAAGGACGCCCCCCUCUCUAUGGAGAAGUUCAACCUGGUCCUCAAGAAGGUUUUUGCCAACUUUGACGAGGGUCAGAUUCACAGCGCCACCCUGCUGGGCUCCACCGUCAAGUCGAUGCUGCUGAUGAAGGCCAUUGGAGGCGCGGACCGGGCCCGCACUGAGGCCGAUCACAAUCUGCUGCUGUCGCACUGCAAUGACGUGGUCAGCGCGGAGCUGCCCAGUUUUUUGCGGCGUAUUGCCGCUGCGCUGAAGAACCGAGAGGCAUUUGCAGCGAUGAGUGACGAGGAGGCGCUCAANUCAGCGCGGAGCUGCCCAGUUUUUUGCGGCGUAUUGCCGCUGCGCUGA